AUGGCCGCCGCAGUAGUCUUUGCCAUUGGUCUUGUCGGCACCUUGCUCGUCACUUCCUCCUCUCGAGCUCUGCGACAGAGAAAGGCGAAAAAGGCCGGUCUGGAUUACCAUGCCUUGCAACGCGACAAGAUGGGCAGGGCCAUAGAUCCAAACGAUCCUGAUAGGCGACUCAGCAAGAACGAAGAGGUGAGUCGGGUGCGCUUGUAUGGAUGCGCCACGAACAAGGCUCUCGGCCUCGAUGUGCCACUUGCAGAGUAGGACUGGCCAGACGUGUGCUAUUAGUCUCGGUGGCGUGCUGAGUCUUCCUUCUUUCCUUCUCUUGCCUUGGCCUGACAGCGUGCAGUGCUCGAGCAUCUCAAGCUGUCGAGCCAAGAGCAAGCAAAGUUGGAGCAAGAGCAUGGUCCCGUCUUGCCCGACUACGAGGCCGCACCUCCGCGCUAUGUCGAUAAAGCGCUUGCCUCUAGAUCGUUAGAUUGA